AUGGACCAAGGCAACACCACCCUCCCACCAAAUACGGAGGCAAACUCCAGCCAGAGCCCAGUAUCUGUGAGCCUUGCUUACCUGGCCCUGGCUGGGUUGCUCUUCAUCACGUUCCUGGUGGGUGUAGUGGGGAACGGGCUGUACCUGUGGGUGCUGGGGCUGAAGAUAAGCAGGACGGUGACCACCCUCUGGUUCCUCCACCUUAUAUCCUGCUACCUCCUCUUCACCCUGCUGAUCCCCUUCUUUGCUGUCUACAUCCUCCUGGAUUUCCACUGGGUCUUCGGCACGGCCAUGUGCAAACUCCUCAAUACUUGCAUCUCCGUGGGCAUGUUCUCCUCCGUCUUCCUGCUCACCCUCAUCAGCCUGGACCGCUACACCCUCAUUCACCAUCCCAUCUGGUCGAAGAAUCACCGCACUGUGGCCCUGGCUGGCAAACUGGCUGUGGGAGUGUGGUUGGUCUCCUUUGCUCUCAGCACUCCCUUUCUGGCUUUCCGGGAGACCCUCAUGAGAGACGGGGGCAGAAUCGCCUGCAUCAACAAUUACAAUAUCUCCAGAAAUUGGAAUGGAACCGAGACGUGGGAUCUGGGGAGACGGAUCCAUCUGGCCGUCUUUUUGAUCCGGUUCUUGCUGGGCUUCCUGCUGCCCUUCUGCACCAUUGUGGGAUGCUACAGCCGGGUGGUGCUUAGGAUGAAGGAGAAGAAGCUGGCGUGGGCUGGGAAACCCUUGAAAGUCAUGGUGUCCGCGGUGGCUUCCUUCUUCCUCGGCUGGCUGCCCUACCACUUCUCCCAAGGUAUGAUUCUCUACAGGAAGGAGCUGCCAGAGUCAGUGUCAGGUGACCUCUUGGGCAUUUACACCUUCACAACCUGCUUCAAUGCCUGUUUCUCUCCCAUCCUCUACGUGUUUGCAGGGGAAAAGUUCUGUCAUGUCUGCAGGACGCCUCUUCUCACCUUGGUCAAGACAGCUUUUGUUGACAAACUCGGCAGCAGUGCUGCUGACACUAGUGGAAGACACGGGGGAGAUCUUGAGAACACAAAACAGGAGAUGUCCUAA